AUGGCCGCUAUAAUGAAGACCGUCGGCUGUUUCUCACCCGGAGCCUCUCCUUCGCUGCUCCGUUCUAUCUUCGUCGCGGCUGUGGUGCUGACCGUUGGAUGCAUGAUCAGCCCUACCCAGGCUCUCCAGAGCAUCACCAACGACACCCGAUACUACUCUGUUUCGUCCAAGACAAAGGGUGUUUCCCCUUCACCCUACACUGGCUCCUUUCAGGUUUCUGUCAAGUUGACUGAAUUCACUCAGCUCGUGGGAUACACUCUUCGGGUGUUUGCUCUGCCCCGCAAUCCGCUACCUACCUUUUCGGAUGUCGGGGUUUUCAAGGGGAAGGAAGGCGCCAAGGGACCUUUGGUGACAUCCCUCCCCUGCAAAAUGAUUCCCGCCGGGACUGGGUGGGUCUGCUUUGGCGAAGCCCGCACGACCCUGGAUAAGUCAUGGACUCCCAAGCUCAAAGCAGCCGAUCUGCUCAAAGCUGGCGUGUAUGACAUCCCUGUGAACUUCUAUGUUAAUGUGACAUACAGCGGAGCUACCACUGCCUCUGGCGGACCUAAUGGUACCAUUAGGGGACAGUUAAUAGGGUGA